AUGGUGAAACACGUGCUUCUUUUACAUUGGUGGGGGUACAGGACGGCCCUGAGACCUAGUGUGAAGGUGUAUGUUGCUGAACCCUUGAAUGCAGAUGACUGCUACCAGCCCACUCUGAAAGGGGAACUGACCCCCACCCCCUAUCCUCCAGAAACCAUAGCAAAUGGUGCCAAAUCCAGCAUUGGCUUAAACACCUGGCCUCUUACAAGGGACCUUGUGGAUGAUGUCUUCACUGUCACAGAGGAUGAAAUUAAGUAUGCAGCCCAGCUGGUAUGGGAGCGGAUGAAACUGCUUAUUGAGCCUACAGCUGGUGGUGGAGUGGCUGCUGUUCUGUCUCGGCAUUUUCAAACAAUUUCCCCAGAAGUAAAGAACAUAUGUAUUGUGCUCAGUGGUGGAAAUGCAGGCUUAACCUCUGUAACUCGGGUGAAGCAAGCUGAAAGGCCAGCUCCUUAUCAAUCUGUUUUUGUUUAA